AUGCCCAUUGCUGAACUCGAUCGGGCCGCAGCCCAUGCAAUAGGCUCGGCUUCUGCCAUUUCUGAUCCUUGCUCUGUGGUCAGGGAACUCAUUGACAAUGCAUUGGAUGCGAAUGCUACAAUAAUCUCCGUCGAAUUGUCUGCUAACCUCCUUGAUAGUAUCCACGUCAAGGACAACGGCUUGGGCAUACCGCCUGAAGAUCGAGAGCUUAUAUGCAGGCAAAAUUGUACCAGCAAAAUCAAAACCCUUGAUGAUUUGAAGCAUGUGGGCGGUAAGUUGUUAGGUUUUAGGGGGCAGGCUCUGGCAAGUACAACGCAAAUGAGCGAGUCUACGGUUAUAAUUACGAGAAUUACGGCUGAAACAACUGCCUCGAUCCUCGAAUUCGGCCGUGCCGGCGAUAUUUUGAGCAAAGGAAUGGUUGCGCAUCCGGUUGGAACAUCAGUCCGGGUGUCCGGUUUCCUGAAGUAUCUGCCUGUUCGGAGGCAGAUGGUCUUAAAGUCUUUGUCGAAGAUUGUCUCACGAAUAAAAAAGGCCCUCCAAAACUAUGCGCUAUCUCGACCGUGCGUCAGGCUCUCUCUUAAGAUUUCGAGGCAAAAGAGGGGAUUUGCAUGGAUAUAUGCUCCGAAGCAAAGCCCAUCCGUGGCCGAUGCUAUUUCUAAAGUCAUCGGCGCGGAAGUGGCUGCCCACUGUCUAGAACAAUCGUUAACUUACAAUGACCCUAAUCCUGAGAAUAGUGAUGAGGGUAAAUCGACUGCUCAGGUCCAUGCCGUGAUUCCAAAAUUGGACGCUGGUCAAUUCAUAUUUGUUGAUGGCCGACCGUUGUCCACGUCAAAAGGCAUAGCGAAAGAUUUAGUCAAGAUCUAUAAAUCAUAUAUUAAUCGUACCUUUGGGCGUCCAUGUACAUCAGCAAUUACGGACCCUUUUAUGUACCUAUACCUCUCCUGCCCUCCAGGAAUCUAUGAUGUUAAUGUGGACCCAUCGAAAGACGACGUGUUGUUUGCGGACUCCAGAUCAAUUCUAUGCCUUGCAGAGGAUCUGUUUGGAAAAAUGUACGACAACGAGCAACUGGGUGAUGAGAGGCAAAGCGAAACAUAUCGCGGCAGCCAUCAACAAGAAGAAAUGUUUCGCGGCACCAGUGAUACGGAGGGGAAUUUAUUUAAAAGGCCAGAGCCUACCAUGAUAUUUCCUCUUCCUGAGCAGCGUCGGCUAAGAAGACCGUCCCCCGGUAAAUUGCACGCACAUUCAAGGCAAAAAAGGGAAUGUGCACACAAGGAAAAGCACGCUACGGAUGUAGCGUUGAAUCCGUGGACGCUAGCAAGGCGAACCUCUACCCAGAGACAUCGAGAUCCCAACUCUCACUUGCUAACUCCUUCCCGAAGUCCACAGUCACUCAUCGACAAUGUCUCUGUUCCUCAAAAUGGGCGUAGGUCUGCAAACAGAACUCCGCACUUAGCAAUCUCUCCUGGAGCAAUUGACAAUGUUGAAGUGUCCCCGAUCCAAACGAAGACAUUAAAGAUCAAAUCGCACCGUAAAAGGAUGCAUCGAGGAUCUCGCAAACCGGAAGGGGAAUGUGGUGUUUCGAUAUACAAGCAUGCCAUUAAUCGGGCCCAAAGUGACUUUGGAACAUCCCCCGACAAAACCCCUAACUCCGUUGCAACCUCGCAACACUUGGAAAAUGAAGCCCUCCAAAUUGCACUAUCUGAACGAUUUGGGAAAUGGAUUCCUGGAUUGAACAUUGGUUCUCUAGUGUCUCCUGCUGUAACAGAGAGGGGUGGGACACUCCCAUUUCCGGUGAAAACAAACAUUCAAAAUGGAACAUUGCCUGGUACUUUGAGACCAACCCAUUCACACCCGGAAUUUUUAUAUUCUGAAUGCCAUAAGAAACUUGCUGUUCAUCCCCAAUGCAUGGUAGAGCAAGAGAUGCAUCAGCCUAAAAGCAAGAUUGAUUCUCUGAAUGCGCCUUAUCCCACUAGGAGCGCUACAUUUAUCAUGUCACCAAAGGCACAAUCAGUUGUUGCAAAAGACUCUGCCAUGCUCAUUAGAAAAGCUACUAAACUUCCAUUCAACACCCCUCAAGCGCAUAGCCAGACUAUCCAAUACCAGAAUCAGAGAGAGAUCCGGGAUGAGAGGAUGCCUGGCCAAGAAGAAACGCUGAAAGUUUCAACCAUUCACCACCUUGCAACUUCUCAGGUUGAUACCACUGCUGAGGUCGAAUUGUUAAAUCGCCAACUAUGUGGAAUAGAUUCUUAUAUUCAAACGGGCAAUAUCAGCCCGGCAUUGGUUGAACCUUGCCCGGCUAGCACCAUCGAGCAGUGGAGAGCUACAAUAUUGGACUUUAUCACUGGUCAAUUUCGCUCUGAAUCGACCGACGUUUGCACCCGCCUUUACCUCGACUCCAACUCUUUAUUCCCAACCGUGUAA